AUGUUCGGCCAUGUCGAUUUCGUUGUGAAAGCGGCACCAGGCACGGGAAUCGUAAGCGCUGCCAUCUUGCAAUCUGAUUGCCUCGACGAAAUCGACUGGGAAUGGUUGGGAGGCGACAACACUCAGGCCCAGAGCAAUUAUUUUGGAAAAGGUAUCACCACAACUGGCUAUAAUCGAGGAGCCUUCCAUGGCGCAGCCAGCAAUCACGAUCAAUUCCACACAUACAGCAUCGAUUGGACUGCCGAUCAGAUUGUUUGGAGCAUUGACGGCAGUACCGUACGAGCCAUGACAAAGGAUCAAGCACAAGCUGGACAAUACCCUCAAACGCCCAUGUAUGUCAAAAUGGGGGCAUGGGCAGGAGGUGAUCCUUCCAACCCUCAAGGCACAAUUGAAUGGGCCGGCGGAAUUACAGAUUUUACCGCUGGUCCAUUCACCAUGUACGUGAAAUCCGUCCAUGUGACGGAUUAUUCCACCGGAACGCAAUAUACAUAUUCUGGGAGCAGCGGUACAUGGGAGUCGAUUCGAUCUGAUGGUGGUCAGAUCAAUCCUGCGGGCAACGGUACUCCGGUUCAAGCAGGUUCGGCGCCAGCGGUGACCUCGCAAGUUCCGGAUAGCGCACCCCUAGGGUUGGCCAUGGACCGGAACAGCGACGGCAACGGUAGUGACUGCGGUAAGCGCCUCGACUUCUGGGCUGAGAGGUCAGUGAAUACUCUGGUCCAGCUCUGA